GGAAGCCGCGCGAGAGCGGGCCGCGGGGUGCGUGAGCCGGCGACGCCGCGUGACGUACGCGGCGCGGGAGCCGCCCCUCCCGCACGGAGGAGUCAGCCGGCCGCCCGCCGCGGCGGCCUCUGGAGCCACAAUGGACACAGCUAGCCAUAGCCUUGUCCUUCUGCAGCAGCUGAACAUGCAGCGAGAAUUUGGUUUUCUGUGUGAUUGCACAGUUGCUAUUGGAGAUGUCUACUUCAAAGCCCACAGAGCAGUGCUUGCUGCUUUUUCUAACUAUUUCAAGAUGAUAUUUAUUCACCAAACAAGUGAAUGCAUAAAAAUACAACCAACUGACAUCCAACCUGACAUAUUCAGCUAUUUGUUGCACAUUAUGUACACGGGGAAAGGGCCAAAACAGAUUGUGGAUCAUAGUCGUUUGGAGGAAGGGAUUCGAUUUCUUCACGCCGACUACCUUUCUCACAUUGCGACUGAAAUGAAUCAAGUGUUCUCACCAGAGACCGUGCAGUCCUCAAAUUUAUAUGGCAUUCAGAUCUCAACGACCCAAAAACCAGCUGUCAAACAAGGGCUGGAGGUCAAGGAAGCUCCUUCCAAUAACAAUGGAAAUAGAGCUGCUGUCCAGGGUGACCACCCCCAGUUGCAGCUCUCUCUUGCUAUUGGGCUGGAUGAUGGCACUGCAGACCAGCAGAGGGCCCAUCCUGCUGCCCAAGCCUUGGAGGAGCACCAGAAGCCCCCCGUGUCCAUCAAGCAGGAGAGAUGUGACCCAGAAUCUGUGAUUUCCCAGAGCCAUCCCUCACCCUCUUCAGAGGUGACAGGCCCCACUUCCACCGAAAGCGGUAUCAAAAUACACCUAUGCCAUUACUGUGGGGAACGUUUUGAUUCCCGUAGUAAUCUGAGACAACAUCUCCAUACCCACGUGUCUGGAUCGCUCCCAUUUGGUGUACCUGCUUCCAUUCUGGAAAGUAACGACCUUGGUGAAGUGCAUCCACUUAAUGAAAAUAGCGAGGCUCUUGAAUGCCGCAGGCUUAGCUCCUUCAUUGUCAAGGAUAAUGAGCAGCAGCCUGACCACUCAAACCGGGGUACCACAGAGCCUUUGCAGAUCAGUCAAGUGUCUUUGAUCUCCAAAGACACUGAGCCAGUAGAAUUAAACUGUAAUUUUUCUUUUUCAAGGAAAAGAAAAAUCAGCUGUACCAUCUGUGGUCAUAAAUUUCUCCGAAAGAGCCAAUUACUGGAGCACAUGUAUACACACAAAGGACAACCGUGGAGAAAGAAGUUGGCCCUAGGAACGGAGUAUCUCCAGGUCUGGUCAUGCUGAUGCUGUUACUGGAAGCUCCCCUCAGGCUCACAGAACACGGCCUUACUCUUAGCUGCAGGUGACCUUUAUAGAGAAGUCUCAGUUUUGCCAGUGCUAAUUUGAAUUUCAAGAGCCAGAUGAAUGCGGUGAGGGGAAUUUGAUUUUUCUAUGGGUUAUCUGCACCUAAGUGCAUUAGGUGCUUCCUGUGGGGCUUCCCUAGAAUUUUAGUGCCUCUCAUGUUUCGUUUUCGUCAUUUUAUAUAUAUGAUCUUUGCCCCAUCAUCCAACCUUCAUUGAUUCAGUUACCAGAUUUAAUACACUAUGGGAUUUUUAGAUCAAAGUAGGAAAUAGAGUACUGUUUUUCAUUUUUAUUAAUAUUGUAAACAAAGAAUGUUGCCUGCCAUUUCAGUUCUAUAAGGAUCAAGUCAUUAGCCCCUGCAGUUGCUGACCUGCAAGUACACCCUGAAAGGAAUUCAGGGUGCAGCAUUCCAUGUUUUGGAAUAUAUGAGCCCCUUAGAUAGUUCAAAUGCAUGUCUUAGGAAGAAUUUCAAUGACCCCAGAUUCUUGCAUCUUCCCACACAUAGAAAAGCCCUAAAAGUAUUAACUGAGGGGGCUUCCCUGGUGGUGCAGUGGUUAAGAAUCCACCUGCCAAUGCAGGGGACAUGGGUUUGAGCUCUGGUCUGGGAAGAUCCCACAUGCGGCAGAGCAGCUAAGCCCGUGAGCCUCAACUACUGAGCCUGCGUGCCACAACUACUGAAGCCCACGCACCUAGAGCCCGUGCUCCGCAACAAGAGAAGCCACCGCAAUGAGAAGCCCGUGCACCGCUACGAAGAGGAGCCCCCGCUCACCACAACUAGGGAAGGCCCGCGUGCAGCAGCGAACACCCGAUGCAGCCAAAAAUUAAACAAUGAAUAAAUUUAUUUAAAAAAAAAAAGUAUUAACUGAGAUAGCUGAUCCUGUGACCAGCAGCAGCCUUUCACUGAGAUCUUGACUGCCUGUAUCCCCCAGCCCAAAUUCACACACACACACACAUAUAUAUAUACUGGCUCCUCCCCUACCUCUUUGGAACAGUUUCUCUGAGCAAUUAGAGACUGUCACUGUCUCCUAGGCUAUAGCCCUCAGUAAGACAUUGAAUAAACUCAAC